AUGAGUGUAACGGAAGAACCCGCCCAACUUUUAAAAAACAUCGCGAUUUGUGAAGAUAAUUUUGCUCGAGCAUGGGAUAUUCUUAUAGAUCGUUACGAAAAUAAACGAAUUCUGAUUGAUUCUCAUUUGUCAGUUCUUUUGUCGACUCGAUCAAUUAAACAAGAAUCGUCCAGCGAGCUUAAGCGUUUGAUAAGUGAGAUUAAAGAGAAUCUUGGUGCACUUGAAGCAUUAGAUUGUCCUACAAAUCAAUGGGAUAAUAUACUCGUUUUUUUGAUUGUACGAAGACUUGAUCCUGAAACCCUCAAAGAUUGGGAAAAAUCUAUUGGGAGUAAGAAAUCCCCAGCAACGUUUAAAGAGUUAGAAAGCUUUCUUUUUGGAAGAAUUCAUAGUCUUGAGGCGAUUGAACAGCUCACUUCUACAAAACGAAACAUUCCAAUUAAGCCUAUUGGUAACGUUAAAUCUCACAACGUUUCAACGCCGACUCACAAUCAGUCAUGUUCGUUAUGCCACUCUAAUCACUACAUCUCAUCUUGUCAACAAUUUAUGAACAAAUCUCCGCUACAACGACGAGAAUUUGUGAUAUCCAAAAACCUAUGUUUUAAUUGUCUUGGACCUCAUCUUAUGAAGAAUUGUCGCUCAUCCAAGCGUUGUCGUAUUUGUCAACGACAACAUCAUACUUCAUUACAUGGUUCUAACGCUCAAUCUCAAACAGUAACUUCUCAAAUUACUUCAUCUGACAAUUCUAAUAAUUCCAUACCUCAUACAACAGUUAUUCAAAACUCCUCUCAUAUGGCAGUCUCACAUCUAACAACUAAAUCUACAAUAUUACUCGCGACCGCUCUUGUAAACAUUGCAGCUUUCAAUGGAAAACCAUGUUUAAUUCGAGCUUUAAUAGACCAAGGCUCUGAAGUUUCUUUUAUUUCCGAAUCUUUAUGCCAACUUCUACAGUUACCUCGACGUUCAAAAUCUGUUCCUAUUCAUGGUGUUGGAGGACAAGCAACAAAUAUUUCACAUGGAAAUGUUGAUUGUUAUCUUAGCUCUCGAACUAAACCUUACAUGCAAUAUCGACUUAAUGCACUUGUAUUACCUCAAAUCACGGCUUACGUACCUCCACAAGUUAUAUGCAAUGAUCUUCAAAAUGAAUUAAAAGAUAUUACACUUGCUGAUCCACAUUUUAUGUCAUCUACAACAAUUGACGUCAUCCUAGGUGUUGACAUUUAUUCCCAAAUUAUGAAAAGCGGAAUUCGUCGAUUAAACAACGGUUCAAUACUCCUUCAAAAUACCACUCUUGGCUGGAUACUAUCGGGAUCAAUCCAUUCAGAAAAUGUAAAAGACAAAAUUUACUCAUUCCAAUGUUCUCCUGAAAACAAUCUUUAUGAAUUAAUGCACCUCUUCUGGAACCAAGAAGAAUCUCAAAUCGUUAAAAAACCUUUACUGACUAAAGAAGAGCAGGAUUGUGAAGAUUAUUUUAAACUUACUCAUACCAGGGAUUCUAAAGGAAGAUUUAUAGUUCGAUUGCCCUUUAGAAAUACUUCAAUUAAUAUUGGUGAUUCUUAUGCAAUGGCAGAAAAGGCGUUGCUUCGUAUGGAAUCUCGUUUUCUAAAAAAUCCAAAUUUUCAAAGUCAAUAUUCCAGAUUCAUGGAAGAGUAUCUUUCUCUUGGUCACAUGAUUGAAUGUUCAAAAGAAAUCUCUUCAGUAGACCAACAAUUCUUUCUUCCUCAUCAUGGAGUGAUAAAAGAAAGCAGUACAUCCACUAAGUUAAGGGUUGUUUUUAACGGCUCUCAGAAAUCUACCUCAGGAAUGUCUCUUAAUGAUUACCUUUUGCCUGGACCCAAACUUCAGAAUGAUCUUGUCGAUGUUUUAAUGCGAUGGAGACAACAUCCUGUUGCUUUUGCUGCUGAUAUUGAGAAAAUGUAUCGCCAGAUAAAGGUUCACUCUGAUCAUUUGCCAUUUCAACAGAUAUUAUGGCGAACUAACCCAUCUGAUCCAAUAAAAAUAUAUCAAUUGAGCACUGUUACAUAUGGCUUAACUUGCGCUCCAUACCUUGCAAUACGUUGUUUACAUCAGUUGGCUGAAGAACACUCUAAAACUUUACCAUUUGCGUCCGAUAUUAUUUUGAAUGAUAUAUAUGUAGACGACAUCUUAUCGGGUGCUAAUGAUACAAUACAUGCUAAAGAAAAAAUUCACCAAUUAAACGGGAUUCUUGUGGCGGGCGGUUUUCUUGCCAAGAAAUGGUCAUCUAAUUCACAAGAAAUAAUUAGCUCGCUACCUGAAGAAUAUAUUGCAACUUCUGAUUCACGAUCAUUUGAAAAUAAUUUGAUGUAUCGAACCUUAGGUUUAAUAUGGAAAAGUAAUGACGACAGUUUCAUUUUCAGUUGGAAAACAUUUUCAGUUGAAUGUAAUACGUUUAUAAAGAGAAGCAUAUUAUCAGUUGUUGCACAAAUGUUUAACCCUCUGGGAUGA